AUGUCACUGAAGCUUGGUAUUUUUAUAAUCCUGCUAAUAUCUGGUUUUUUCCCUGAAUCGCAGAGAGCGCUUGCCGAAUGUCAAGGAGUAAACGAUUGUUUUAACAAACUGCUCAAAUCGCAUAGACAGUUUGUGAAAGCAUCGAAGACUGAAAAGCUAAAAUUUUACCCAUAUAAGAAGAGAAGCAGACAAAGAAAACAAAUGAAGCAUAAAUCUUACUAUCGAGACGAUAUUAAAUUUGAUGACUUAUACACUGAGGACAUAGGUUUCUGGAAAGGC